AUCCCCGAAUAAAGCACUGUAUUGCUAGCUGUUAUUUUCUUCCGGUUUCCAGAACGUCUAGCUCAAUUUCUUUUUUGGUGAUUGGGGUUGUGACGCAUUACUUUUCUAUAGCCUACAUGUUAGUGUUGAAAUUAUAUUUACAAACCAUGCAUAUUAAAUUAAUGUUUCUGUUGACCUCUAAUGAAAUGAACGAGUGACUAUUUACUAACGUGAACCUAGUCGGCUUUCUUAUAAACUUGAAUAUAUAAACUGUUUCGUUUUCUCCCUGGCAGACAGCAGCGAUGGCGACAGCGGCGUCUCCAGAGGAGAAGUUCUCCUGCUCCGUGUGUCUGGAUCUCUUCACCGAGCCCGCAACCAUUCCGUGCGGACACAGCUUCUGUCUGGACUGUAUCGGGAGCUACUGGGACCAGAACGACCAAACCGGCGUGUACAGCUGCCCCCAGUGCCGGGAGAACUUCACUCCCAGACAAUAUCAUGACCGAACUGGUGGAGGAAUUGAAGAAAACGAGAGCAAUCGUCCCAAGGAGCUGGGGGAGAGACAGGCAGGAAUAGAAAAGCUCAUUGAGGAGAGACUGGAAGAGCUGGAGAGACUGAACCAGGCUGUGCAGUCACUCAAGCUCUCAGCACAGGAGGAAAGGGCUGAAAGCGAGCAGGUCCGCUCCAUUGAGAGAAUCAGGACGGAGGUGGGAGAGCUGAUUGGUGCUAAAGAGAAGGCUGCAGUGAGCCGGGCCGAUGAGCAAAGGGAACAACUGGAGCAGGAGAUCCAGGAGCUGAGAAAGAGGAAGGCUGAGAUGGAGCUGCUUUCUGAGACAGAGGAUCACCUCCACUUUCUGCAGAGUUUCCAGUCUAUCUGCACCCCUCCUGCAGCUCAGCAGCUCUUUGAUAACAUAGACAACUCUUUCUGGACUCUGAGGAAAGCUGUGUCUCGACUCAAAGACCACCUCGAGGGAUUCUGGAAGGUGGAGUUCAUGAAAGCAACUAUAGCAGUUGACGUGACUCUGGACUCUGAUACAGCAAACCCAAUUCUCAUCCUGUCUCAGGAUGGGAAGCAAGUCAGAACUGGAGCUAAACAACAGCCUCUCCCUGACAAUCCAAAAAGAUUUGAAAAGCAUAUCUAUGUACUGGGCAGGGAGGGCUUCACUUCAGGGAGACACUACUGGGAGGUGGAGGUGGGGGAGAAUAUAUACUGGCUACUAGGAGUCACCAGAGAGUCUUCUCAGAGGAAGAGGUGCUUCACUGAGAAUCCCCAGCUGGGUUUCAUUGUCAUUUGGUGGAAUAAAGAAAAUCAUUUCUGUGCUCUCACUGCCCCCCAAACCCCCCUCCCCCUGAGCCCCAAGCCCCAGAAGCUGGGGGUGUAUCUCGAUUAUGAGGAAGGGCAGCUCUCCUUUUACAAUGUGGAGACCAGAGCUCACAUCUACACUUUCCCUAACACCUUCACUGUGAAACUCUAUCCUAACUUUUGCCCUGGUGUCUCCCACUCUGAUGAAAAUGCAGCUCCACUGAUCAUUUGCCCACAUACAUACACAGAUUAAAUUCACAAUUCCUUUUAUUUCAAAUGGUCAUCUCCAAUGCAUGCAUGUGACAGGAUGAGAAUAUAACACUGAUGUAACACAAUUAUGAAUAAAAAGCUGAAGAAUUGAAUUCAA